UUGCUUUCAGUUUCUUUUACUUUUAUUUUACGGGAUAGCGAUGAUGGCGUCCGGUUUUCGAUGGCGUUCGGUUGACCUGUUGAUAGUCGGACUGAAACUAAUGUAGAAAAAAGAAUUAUGAGAUUUGUGUGAAUGCCGAUAAGUGAAACAAAUGAUUCAAAAGAGCUAAAAAGUGAAUUAUGAUCGUCUCAUUUGACGAUCAAUAUUUUUUCAUAGAGUAUAAUUCUUAACCGCACAAUGCUUCAACAUUUUGUGCUCAUGAAAAUUAGCAAAGAAGUACUGUCAUUGCGUAUGCGUCUGAUAUAAGUUGGCGCGCAAUGCUUCGUAUCAUUACACAUGUUCAUUGAAUAUUUUCAAUAACGAAUGCUUGAAAGCACUUUCAGUCACAUUUUUGAUGAUAUACGAAAAUAGAGAAUGGCAAUUCGACUUACACUGGAAUGUGGACAUUCAUCAGUAUUACGUGAGCGUACCACUCCUGAAGGUUUUACUCAUGAUUGGGAAGUUUUUGUACGAGGAGUUGACAACGCAGACAUACAUCACUACGUUGAGAAAGUUGUAUUUCAAUUACAUGAAACGUUCGCAAAACCUAAAAGAGUAAUAAAAGAGCCACCUUAUGUGGUAAAAGAAUCAGGAUACGCAGGAUUCUUGAUUCCAAUUCACAUCUAUUUAAAAAAUAAGGAUGAACCCAAAAGAUUUCAAAUUCUUUAUAAGCUUAGUUUACAACCUAGAGGAAGAAUCAUUAAUAAAGUUAUACGUCAUAAUGAAAUAAUUAAUAAUCCAUCAGAAGAAUUUCGUAGAAAGCUUUUAAGAGGAGGUGGCAUCAUAAUAUCCAGUACGGAGAGUACGUCGGACAGAGGCGAGAUAAAAACUCCCGUUAUGGUUGGUAAACCAAAGUUAUCCGUGGGCGAGCCGAAGAAGCAUCGUCUGGUAGAAUCCAAGACAUCUAAUUCAUUCGCUGAAUUGUUUGGUCCUCCCAUAAAAACAGCAAAAAUUUCUCCAGAAAGUAAGAAGGUUACGCAAUCAGAAAAAAGUAGUACCAUAAAACCUAUAGGCAUAUCUGAAAAAAUUGAAAAAGUAGAUAAAAUUACAAAAAAUAAAGAGAGUCCGCAUAAGGAAAUAAAGAAAGAAAAAACGGAAGAAAAAAAGGAUAAAAAGAUAAAAGAUCCUUCUAAAGAAAAAAAUAGAAGCAAAGAGAAGUCUAAAAGACCUCCUAGUCCUGGAAGUAAAGGUUAUUCGAGUCCUACUAGUAAACGACCUUCUCCCCCUCCCAUAAAAAGGCCCCGUAGUCCUUCACCCUCUUCUUCUAUAAAACGGGCUCCAUCUCCAAAGUCUAAGGAGAAAGAUAUAAAAAGAUCUGUUCAAGAAAAAGAAAGGGAAAAGGAAAAGGAAAAAGAAAAGGAGAAAGAAAAGGAAAAAGAAAGAGAUAAGGAUAAGACAAGAGAUGGUUCUAAAGGUUCGUUGGAUAUAAAUAAGACUGAAAAAAAGAAAGAUAAAAAGAAAUACAAGGAGGAAGCCUACAAAGAGAAAAAGGAGAAAUACAAAGAAGGUGAACGUUCUAGUAUUAAGGAAGCUCAAAAAAUAAACGAUAAAAAAUUGGAAAAGGCAGAAAAAGAGAAGGAGAAAACUCAGGAUUAUAAAUCGGUGAAAGAUGGCCGAAAGUCUCCUAAGCUUGUUAAAGAAAGUGACAAGAUUAAAGAUGAAAAAUUAAUAAAGGUGGAAAAAGUGGAUAAAGAAAAAUAUGAGAAAGUUAAGGAGAAUAAAAGUGAUAAGGACAGAACGAAACAUAAGCACAAGAAGAAAGACAAGAAGGAAAAGAGAGAUAGUAGUAGGGAAAGAGAGAAGAAGGAAAAACGAGAAAAAUCCAAAUCGUCUGGAGAAAAACAAAAUAAUUUGCCAGCCUCGUCGAAUCCUCUUUCGAUGCUCUUCGCAAAUAUGCCAGAAAGAGAUAGCAGUGAUUCGGCACCUUCCGUAGACGAUGAUUCCUUUGUUGAAACGAAACCAGUAUUGAAUAUAAAAAAGGAAUUAGAUGAUACAGCUCCUUUGACUCUUCCAAUGGAAGCAGUAAGACCGCCCUCGCCACCACCCGUAAUUGAUAUAAAGAAAGAAAAGAGUGAUCGUAGUAAGAGGGAAAAACCAAAAGGAAAUAGGGGAGAAGAACGAGAAAACAGGAAAAGAAAACGAAGAAGUGAAAGUAAGGGUGACGACGAACAUACUUUUAAAAGGGAAAAGGAUAGAAGUCAUUCGACUUCUCCAUUAUUGGAACCAGUAUCUUCCAGCCAAUCACCGGUUGUAGUGGAUGUCGAUUCUAUUCACGCGGUAAAAGAGAAGGAAGAUCGUCAUAUGGGAGAAUUAUUAACAAUUAAGAAGGAAGGAGAAACCGACGGCGAGCAGGUAGCUCCGGACUCUACAAAUUGUCCUUUGGUAGAGUCAGACAUUGGGGAACCUCCCAUAUUUAACGAAGAUUAUGUGUCACAGUUGAAGGAUUUACAGCACAAAAUAAUGACAUUACAGGAUAAUCAAGAAUUACAGAGAGUUGUUCAGGUAAUAGAAGAAACAGGACAAUAUGAAAUAACUAAGAAAACAUUUGAUUUUGAUUUAUGUGCUCUCGAUCGCAGAACGGUACAACGACUCCAACAGUUUUUUUCUGCAUCAUGACUAUCUGUAAUGUAAAGCAUGACACUUUCUCUAUUUUUUUUUUUUUCUUUUGUUACAUAUUGCUCUAUGUGUAAGUCGUAUUAAGUCAUUUUCGAUCUAUCGUUUCUUUCGCUAUGUGAUAAAACGUUUAUCAUACGAUAAUACCCCCGGGAGAAUUCCGCUAUUUACUUUUAAUUCUUAGAAAAAAUUGAUUUUUAUAUUAGAUUCAUAUACAUUACAUUGUGUCAGUUGCAAUGUAUUAAACAUUAUAAUAAUGAUGCAGGUUAAUAAUUCAGCCAAAUGAAUGCAUAUAAAUGAUAUGUAUCUAGAUAGCAUAAAAGUUAUAUAUAUUGGACUGUAUAUAUGUAUAUAUACAUAUAUAUAUAUAUAUGUAUGUAUAUAUAUAUGUAUAUAUAUAUAUACACACACACACAGAGACACAUACAAACGUACACAUAUAGAUUUAAAGUAUUAUAUGUAUUGGACGUUUUACAUCAACCAAUUUUAAUGAAAAGUGCUAAUGAAAACGAUAUCGUUAUCUUUCAUAAAAUUUUAAAGUACCUCACGAAUUUUUAAUUGAUAGAAAUUGAUUAAGAAUGCGCGAAAGUUAUUCUAUCAGUUACAUAAAAGAAUAUGAAGAAGAUAAUGAAAACUCAAAAAUGCAACAUGUAGUUAAUAUUUUUACUUUGUUAUCUAAAUGAAAAUGAUAUAUUUGUUUGCUAAAAACACGUAAACGAAUUAUUCCACCUUCUCCACCUUCUUGUUGUUAAUCAACAGCGGUGGAAUGAACGAAUUAUUAUUUUAUAUAAUAUACGUGUUUAUGUACUGAUUAAUAAACAUUUCUUCAAGGUUU